AUGGAAGGACAGGACCGUCUUUUUGGCUGGAUAAAUGUUUUGAUUCCUUCUCUUUGGUUAGUUUUUCUUUCUUCUCUGUUUUGCUUCCUUGGGAUUCCUCUGUUUCAGCCAUGGCUUCCAUUCCAAUUGAGGGAAGCUUACAGAGAUGCAUUCUCGCCGGAACCAGCAGUAACAAUCCUGGCCACCGUGCAAGCAGAGUCGGCACCAGUUUCCGGCGAUUGGCAUUCCAGAAGGCACGCAAUUGUCAACACCACAUUGCCAUCGUUACUGGCCUGGUGGUUCUUCCGACGCCAACUGUCGGAGGCCAUUGAAAGAAGGAACCGGAAGAACAUCCCAAUCGAAGAAUGCCUCUCUGGCCGUUAG